AAUAAUUUUAACAAGUAAUUUUUUCUCACUUGGAGUAUAUUUUCUUUAUUUAUGCUUAAGGUGUGGUUCAAGGUGUCAGUUAUUGUUCUCACUCGUACAAGAGAUUGAUUCUUACUGCAAUAAAAAGAGAGUUUGAUAAUUUCAGGCCACCUGUUGAUCACAGGAAAUACAGUGUCAACUUUGUUCCAGUCUGCUUUCCCGAGACCUAUCAUGAUUGGUCAAUGAAACGCAGACGUUUUGUAGCUGACACAUAUGUCAUAGAAGUUGCAGUCAGACAAGGAGAUCCAGGAGAACUGUAUGARGAUGGCCAUCAUAAGGUGUAUGUGAGAAGAGAAGGAAGUGUAGAGGGACCAUUGUCGCCAGUAAAGAUUAAAGAACUGGUCUUGCAGAAUAUUAAAGAAGUUCUAAAUGAAAGAAAGCGAAAAAGAAUUGAUGAAUCCCUAGAUGAGACUACAAAAGAACAAAGUACUGGACCCAAAGACAAAACACCAACCAACCAACAACCCAUCAAAAAAGCAAAACUUUCUCCCAUUGUGUUUGAUCUUAAAGAUACCGACAGAGUUAUUUAAUUUACUGAAGCUGUGGGGAAGAGGAGGAGGGGUUUUAUAUGAAAAUGAAACCUUUUCACUUAGGGAUGAGGGCAAAACAAUUGUCAUCUCAUGGUACCCGAUUUAAGGGGGAGGGAUGGUGUUACCCGGUACCCACCACCUCGGGAAGUAAAAUCUUAGAUUUUGUCCCCAAAUAUCUCCAAAACUAAAAGCCAAAUCACAGAAAUGGAUGGACUGUCUGUCUGCAUGUAUGCUAGGGAUGGGGGUAUGUACCAGUACCCACCACCUUAAUUCAUAAAAUCGGGUCCCUAUUUUGGACGAUUGUUUUGACCUCACCCCUUAGAGAAAUUACACACAGAGAUUACUUCCUCCUCCCCCUUGCCCCCCUACUUCCCCCAGACACACACACUUUAAAAAGGGCUCCACCAUCUCUGGCAUAAUAAGAGAACAAACAGAAAGUGGCAGUAAUAAUGUUUCUAUUAUUAUUCACAUUUCUAAAACGUACAAGAUUUUUUCUAAUGUUGAGUUACAGAAAGCAAUAGUUAUUUAAAAAAAAGCAGAUAUUAUGGA